ACCUGGCGCAUGCGCUCUAAGCAGUGGGCGGAAGUCGGCGAACGGCUCGACUUGUCCCCUACUCCCUGCUGCUCCGGAUCUGCUCCUCUGUUCCUCCUUCACUAUUCCUGCACGGAGCUGUUCUGAACCUCCAGCCAGCGGUGCUCCAGAGACACAGCGGUGCUCUUACUGCAGAACAUAUCCGGGAUAUAUGUCCGCCUUUUGAUUGACAGGAAGGACGCCUGGACACCAGUGCGUCUCCUAGUCCUCCUGCCUGGCCCCUGAUCAUAGGCCAGCACACUUUCAGGUUGUGUGUUAGAUAAUUGUGCCAGAGCAUCAUGUGGGGUAAAGCCUUGCUGGUGGCCCUGCUGGCGCUGGGGGUGGGCGUCCUCUACCAGACGCAGCCUGACCUGCCCGCUCAGGUCCUACGCUACAUAACGGAGGGAGGCGCCCGCGGGCCGAGCGCAGAGCAGGCCAUCUCCUCCGCCUGGGAGACGCUGAUCACCCUGCCCUCCAGGCAGUGGCGGAAGGUGGCUGUAGGUGUGAACGCCUGCGUGGAUGUGGUGGUCUCCGGGGUGGGUCUCCUCCAGGCCUCGGCGCUGGACCCCGGGCCCGGCCUGGACCAUGAGGUGCUCCACACCUCGGAGGACCUGAAGGAGACCUUCAUCCACUACAUGGAGAGGGGGGCGGCGGCAGAGCGCUUCUUCAGCGACCAGGAGGCCUUCCAGAGGAUCGCCAGAGCCGCCGCAGAGUACCCCGGGGCUAAGCUGUAUGUAGGGGGAAACGCGGCCCUCAUUGGUCAGAAGCUCGCCAGCUACUCUGAUAUCACGGUAUUACUGUGUGGCCCGGUGGGCCCAAAGCUCCAUGAGAUGCUGGACGAGCAGAUUGUUGUCCCCCCAGAAUCACUGCAGGAGAGCGAUGAGUACCACCUCAUCUUGGAGUACCAAGAAGGCGAACAGUGGGCUUCCACCAGAGCUCCUCAGGCGAACCGCUUCAUCUUCUCCCACGACGUGUCCAACGGAGAGAUGAGUUCGCUGGAGACGUUUGUGGCCAGCCUGGACGACUUCCAGCCCGACCUGGUGGUGCUGUCUGGCCUCCACAUGAUGGAGGGCAUGGGUCGGAUGAUCUGGGAGGACAGGCUCAAAGAGGCAGUGGCGGCAAUAUCUGAGAUCCGCAAAGAUGUUCCUGUCCACCUUGAGCUGGCCAGCAUGACCGACAUGGACUACAUGAACAGCAUCAUGCAAGAGCAGGUGAUGCCCAUCGUCAGCUCCAUGGGGCUCAACGAGCAGGAGCUGCUGUUCCUGUCCCGGGCCGGGGAGGGGCCCCACGCGGAGCUGCCCUCCUGGAAGGGGGUGCCGGACGUGGGGCGCGUCAGCGACAUCCUCCUCUGGAUCCUGCAGGAGCACGGCCGCAGCGAGCCGUCCUCCGAGGCCGAGCUGACCCGCAUCCACUUCCACACGCUGGCCUACCACAUCCUGGUCACGGUGGACGGCUACUGGGGGAACCAGGCGGCGGCGGUGAUGGCGGGGGCGCGGGUGGCCAGCACCCAGGCCUGCGGCGUCCAGACGGUCGAAGUGGGCGCGGUGGAGCUCAAGGCGCCCGUGGAGUUCCACAGCUCGCACAGUGAACCCCGGGUCAGGUUGACCCUGGACCCGACGGACCCCGUCACGGUGUGGGGCCGCGGCAACGUGACCUUUCACCUCUCGCCGGUGCUGGUGUGCAAGCAGCCGCUGAGGACAGUGGGGCUGGGAGAUGCCAUCUCGGCCGAGGGGCUGGUGUACUCGGAGCUGAAGCCCCAGCAGAUGUUCUGAGGACCCAAACCCUCCCUGUCCUCUCCUAGUCUAGGCCACUCCCUUCUCCUCCUCCGUGGUUCCAUAUGCACAGUAAGCUGUCGGUUCUUCGGUUGUAGCCGUGGUUCAGGUUCUAUACAGACCUGUAUUGCCAAGGUUUUCAGUAAUUGGUGACCCUUUAGUUAGUAGAAUGUGUGGGUGACUUAAAAUCCUGCCUCUUAACACCUUCAGCCUUCCUUCCAUAAGCGUUCUCUCUUCCAUGCUCUUCAGUCCCCCUCCAAAACAGCGAGCAUGGAGCAGAACGUGUCUCAACUCCGUCUGAACAGGAUGGCAACAAGCUAUGCAGCGCCGGUGACGAUUUAAAGCCAUCUCCGAGGAGUCUGGUUGGCUCAAGUGGCAUGGCAUACCUUUUUAAACAUGCAGUCAGUGCCUUUAGAGGAAGGGUUUAGAGUUUUGUCAACAGUGCGAAGAGCUAAACCUCUCACAAAUCAAAAGGGUGUUUUAUGAAACACUAAUCAACUGGAUAUUACAAUGCGUCACUCGUAAGGUUCAAGGAUACUUCCUUGUCUCAUGUCUAUACUUGUUUCAGUACACUUCAUUAAUAGAGAACAUUAUGGUCCCUUGUUCUGCCUAAGAUCCUCUGAUAAAAGAACUGGACCAUUAGGAAUCAGGACAUGUUUCCACUUUCACAUAUGCUUCAUUGAGGUUGUUUUAGACCGUUAUAGUUUGGUCACAUGCCAUUAUACUAAAAUGUUGCUUGCUCUAUAAAGAUGUUAAUUAGCCAGUAAAUCAAAGAAUCAAAAUAUAUUUGUUCUAAAGUAAGAGACUCGCUCUGUGUGGAUUCAUUAUGAUUAAAAGGUUGUUUCUAAGGGGAGAGGGGCAGCACGGCCUAGAGUAAAUCUGAUGCCAGCAAAGCAAACUAAAGGUUCAACGUUUUAACUGUUGCACAUCCUACUUCACCUGUAUUUGGCUUUUCAUAAAGCCCUGACAAGUAAAACGUAUGGAUAAUACAGUGGCAUGUAGUGAUGGCAGCAGUCUUGGAAUUUAUGCAAGAAAUGGCUAUGAAUAUGUAAUUAGCUUUUUCUGGAUCUAUUUGACGUAAGUCAGAUACUUCCUACGUCAAAGGUUUCUCAUUAACAGAAUGUAUUUGUAUACCUCAAAUGGCCAACGAUGGCAUGCAAUAAGAGUCUUAAUGCCGUGGGGAGAGGAGCCUUGUAUCCUGCAGAGUGGGUCUCUUGAAGGAGAACCUCUGCUCCGUAUGGGGACGCGGCUCAUCGGUACUGAGCCAUCACUGACAACAGCCCUGUCUUAGCAAGUACAGUCUAUUUUAAGUUUACAGUCUGUUUAUCUUGUGUCUUAACUUGUAUGGACUUUCAGGGCAAGUUGCCUUGUGAUUUGUGAUGAAAAUAAUGUAAAUAAUAAAACCGAUGUCUUUA